AUGCCUUAUAACAUUUAUGAUUAAUAACUAAGAUAAUAAGACCGACUGUUAGCCAAGUUCUAAGAACUUUUUAGCAAGCCAUCACAUUAAACUCAUUUCAACAAAAGUGAAGCUCUUCUCAUAGCAACUUUAUUUCUCUUUGAAGGAUUGGCUCAAACAACAUUAAUGCUGCAUACUACACUUGUACUGAUAUAUUUGCUAAACAUCAUUUACUCAUCAAAUCCUUAAUAAUUGCAAAUCUUCACUCUAAAAUGGUUUUUAUUAAGUAAAAUUCUAACAUCUAGAUUAAUUUGGGCAUUAGUCUCAGAAAUUGCUAUUGAAUAGUUGAGGCUAGAUUUUGUUUUGUUAAGUUUUUAGAUGAUCAUAAUUGUCAUCAAAUUUAGGUUAUCUAACAACAAAAUAGCCAUAUUGGCAGUGACUCUGACAUUGUACAUUGGAUUACAACUAAUAUUGUCAUAGAAAUUCGAUGAUAUUGGGAUACUAAGUUGGAUUGGAGGAUUAACAACAAUGUGGGCAAUCUUUAAUAAUCAAUUGUAAAUUCAGGAAGAAUAUGAUAGGAAGAUUAAGGAAUUUGAUGGAGAAGCUACAAAAUUAAAGAGAGAAACAGAGAUGUCAUAUAAAACCAUAAUAAUUGAAGAUUAAUAAUAAUCUCGUUAAGAAGAAUUAUUAAAAAAAUUGCGAUUAUUAAAAUAUUAGAAAUUAUUGGACAAAACUGAGCAUAUCUGUUUAGAAGAGAAGCUCUUGCAGAAAUAAUUGAGUAAUCCUUCCAGAGUCUUAACUGUACGUAAUUUGCCUGAUGAUGACGACGAUAAGAGUUCCAUCUAAGAAAUCGAAGAAACUCCUAGUAAGAAAUCACCAAGCAGAAGACCUUUAAGGUUGAAUUCUAUUAAUGAAUCAUUAUCCUUUGCUCGCACUGUUGGUCAUAGUAUGAAUAGGGAUGAAAUUAAAGAAGAUGACGAUAACUUUUUAACUUUGGAUGACCUAAAUGAUUUAUUAAAAAUAGUGAGUGGCAGAAAAGAACAUUUGUGGUUACCCUCCUAUCUGAGAAGCACUAAGAAUAUUGAUUCCAGAGGAUCUGAAUCUUUUUCACCUGAGGCCAAGAAUUUCAUUCUUAAUCAUUUCACUGAGCACGAAUUUAAUUUUUAAUUAUUAUAAGGUGAAACCAAUAUACAAGAGCAUCAAUAUUUCAUAGAUUCCAAUCAUAAUCAAAUGAAGGAGUGUUUAAAUAACUUUAAUUUUGAUUUCUUUGAAGUCAAUGACCAAAAUAAAUUUAUUAGUUUUAGUUCCUUUAUCUUUCAAAAAUACAACAUCAAUUAGGUACUCAAAAUUAAGGAGAAGUCUGUGCAAAUUGAGUUCUGUCACAGAAUUGAAUCAUUUUAUAUGCAAAACCCAUAUCACAAUUCUAUUCAUGCUAUGGAUGUGGCUAACUCAGCAUCCUUCUUUUUAGAGAAUGGCCUUGAGGUCACUCCAUUUGAAUAAUGUUGCUUGAUUAUAUCAGCAUUAUCACAUGAUGUGGGACAUCCUGGAUUGAAUAACGGCUUUUUGGUUGCUUCUCAAUCCAAAUAAGCAUUAAUAUAUAAUGAUCAAAGUGUAUUGGAGAGUUAUCAUGCAUCUCUGAUGUUUCAUGUAUUGAAAGAUGAAAAGGCUAAUAUCCUAAAAAACAUCAAUGAUGUUGAUUAUAAAGGAUUCAGAAAAUACUGUUUAAAUCUAAUAUUGGACACUGACCUACAAAAGCAUUUUCCAUUAUUAAAUAAAUUCAAGAACUUUUUAGCUUUAGGUUCAGACAGCCAAUCGGAUGAGCAAACUAAAUUACUCAUACUCUCGAUAGCAAUUAAAUGUGCAGAUGUUGGACAUGGAGCAAAAUAGUUGAAUUUGCAUAAGAUUUGGAGUCGUAGAAUUAUUGAGGAGUUCUUUUUGUAAGGGGAUUUGGAAGCUUAAGUUGGUAUUCAGGUGACACCUAUGUGCGACAGGAGUCAAAGUGUAACCAAGUCUCAAGAAGGCUUUUUAAAGGCUAUUGUGUGGCCUUUAUUCGAUGCCUUUGGAGAAUUCUUGAAAAAUGAGAAUUUUAGAUAGACUUGUUUAGAUUAGAUAAGUGUGAAUAUCUAAUAUUGGCAACAGCAGUAAUAGGAAGAGGAGAACAAGGGAAAAGGAUACAAGUGUUCGUUCUUUUAAGAUACUAAUAUCAUUAGCAUUCCAGUAUAGAAUAAAAAUAUGAUGUUUAAUUUAAAUUGGUGA